AUGCGGCCGGCGAAGCCUUUUAUCCAGUUCCACAAGAAGAAAACAGCCAUGAAGACAGAACAUUCGUCGUCUGUGAUGUCUUUGGGGUCUCCGAACAGCAGCGGGCGCUGGUCUCGUCCCGGCAGCGGCGGCGAAGAAGACGACGAACCGGACGCGUGGCGGGCGACGCUGCCGGUGCUGGAGGACAGCGCCGAGCCGGACGUGUCGGCGUCGACGUCGGCGUCGGCGGUCAGGGCCACCAGCCGCACGCGCAUUCCAAGCCUGCGCAAGCCGCGCAGCCGCACGCCCAGCGAGGACCGCACGCCCACCUCCUCCAAGGGCAUCACCGAGCUGGACCGCAAGGUCGAGCAGGCCGCCAGGGAGGCCCGCAGGCAGUGCCGAUGCGAGGACGAGGCCGGUGCAGCACCGGACGCCGACGGCAAAAACCCCAAAUGCGCCGACAAGCUCAAGGUCAGACGCCUGGGCGGAGGAAAGUACAACAUUGCUGGACGCAACGUCUACGUCAGACUGCUGAAGGGGAGGCACAUGAUGGUGCGCGUGGGCGGCGGGUGGGACACGCUGGAGCAUUUCCUGGAGCGGCACGACCCGUGCCAGGUGCGCGUGCUGGGCCGCGGCGACUCGUCGGCGGGCAACUCGCGCACCAACAGCCGCUCGAGCGGCAUCAACCGGCUCGGCCUGUCCAACAGCAGCAGACACUCGACGCCCGCCUCGCCCAGCGAAGGCUUCCUGCACAUCCGGGCCAAGUACCGCAGCCCUCCGCCGGCCAGAAGUUGAACUACGCAAUGGCUCCAGCUUUUUGCCACGAUUUGAUGCGAUUUCUUCUCGUUAAUCAGUGCUCGGCACUUAUUUUUGGUGAUUUUAAGGGCUAAAUUCGCUCUGAAUUUCAUUUUUAAAUUGUUUUCGAGUAAAGAAAGCAGCAGAAAUUCAGAAAUUUCUUUAAAUUUCAAAGGAAGAAACUCUUGGAUAUUUUUAUUCAGGUAAUUUUUUGUCAUUCUGAAUUAAAUCCCCAGCACUGAUUUAUUUAGGAGAAAAUUCGCAUCACAUCCGCUUUUGUUUUUGUUUAACUCAAUCUGUAACAUUCCGAAGGCUCUCUGUUCGUUGAAACUGACACAUAAUUUUUAUUUUUUUCCCUCUCUCUCGUCGCUUGGAAUGAUAACGAACGCGAGCUCUGUAUUUGCCAUUAAUUUAAACACAACACUCACCUGUUUGAUAAAAGCUAAGCGUAAUUUUAGUUCCUCUCUGAUCGCAGAUUUCUUUCCAUUCCUGUUACGAGACUAACUCUCGAGCGAGUUAAUUGUAUUUUGAAAAGAUUGCGUUAAUAUUUCGAGAGAAUAUUAAAUAAUCAAAUUGCAAUGUUAAUUAGGAGAUACGCGAGUUUAUGGAAAUCGUAUUUUACCAAGCAGUUCACUCAAAGUGGCAUCGCAGAUAAAGAUAAUUAUGUUUUUGCAUGUUGUUGAAAAUGCUAUUUUGAGCUGAAAAGUGUAUUCCGACAGGAUCAUUUACCAACCUGUAAAUACCAAUAAAAAUAAUUUAAAAACAAACUAAAUC